GCAGCACGUUAACCCAAAAACCCUGCUCCAGUUAGACAACGCUACUCAGAGCUCUCCACAUCAAAUCAAUGGCGACCCUAGACCAAACUCUGCAAAUCAAAACGAAACCAGUGCCGAAACGUUUCGUGAAAAACCAAAUCCCAGACACUAUCCUCAACGACCCAUCUCUGAACGCCGCCAUCUCCCUGUUGCCCUCCAACUACAACUUGGAGAUCCACAAGUGUGUCUGGCGCAUCCGCUCCACCGGAGCCAAGCGUCUCGCCCUUCAGCUCCCUGAGGGCCUGCUUAUGUAUUCGCUUAUUCUCGCUGAUAUAUUCACCGCUUUCGCCGGCGUCACCCACUGUUUCGUCCUCGGUGAUGUCACCUACGGCGCCUGUUGUGUGGACGACCUCUCGGCCCUGGCUUUAGGUGCGGAUCUUCUAAUUCACUAUGGCCAUAGCUGCUUGGUUCCCAUCGACGCUACGAAAGUUCCUUGCCUUUACGUUUUUGUUGAUAUUAAAAUCGACGUUGAGCGUUUGAUUAGCACAAUCAAACUCAACUUGAAUGAUAAAAAAAGCAUUGUUCUCGCCGGAACUAUUCAGUUCGCAUCUGCGAUUCGAGAAGCAAAGCCUGAGUUGGAAAGGCUGGGACUUUCGGUUUUGAUCCCUCAAUCGAAACCAUUGUCUGCUGGUGAAGUUUUGGGUUGCACGGCACCAAGAAUAUCAUCGAAAUCUAUAAUUGGUACUUUCAGCGAUAUGGCUGUUGUAUUUGUGGCGGAUGGGAGGUUUCAUUUGGAGGCGUUUAUGAUAGCUAAUCCUGAGAUUAGUGCGUUUAGGUAUGACCCAUAUAUGGGGAAGCUGUUUCUUGAGGAAUAUGAUCAUCAGGGAAUGAAGGAGACGAGGAAGAGGGCAAUAGAGAGGACUAGAGAAGCCAAGAGUUGGGGGAUUGUGUUGGGCACAUUGGGAAGGCAAGGCAAUCCAAGGAUUUUAGAUAGGUUGGAGAAGAAGAUGAGAGAAAAACAAUUUUCUUACAUGGUUGUUUUGAUGUCAGAGAUUAGUCCUGCUAGAAUUGCAUUCUUUGAGGAAUCUGUGGAUGCUUGGAUUCAGAUUGCAUGUCCUCGGCUCUCCAUUGAUUGGGGAGAGGCGUUUGAGAAGCCUCUUUUGACACCUUUUGAGGCAGAGAUUGCUCUUGGGGAUUUACCAGGUUGGUGGGAGAAGGAUAAGAGUGUAGUGGCAAACUCAGGGUGUUGCAAUGGUCUUGGAUGUCGGAACAGCAAUGGAUUGUGUUCUGGAUGUGGCAAUGAAACUGUAAAUGAUGUAAACGGUGUAGGGGAUUGUUUUAAUGGUGAUUAUCCCAUGGAUUACUAUGCUCAGGAUGGUGGGGAGUGGAAUUCUUCUUAUUUGAAGAAAGCAACUCGCCCAAUAAGAAGAAAUGUGGUGCCGUCUGCCGGUGAUGGUGCUGCUUUGUAGCAUCACUAGCUCAUAAGGAUUGUAUAGCAUCAUUAGCCAUAGAGAUUGUACUACAAUUGCAGAAGACUACUUGAAUAUGGAAAAGAAUGCUUUCAUCAUGUAAAAUGAGAAGCUAUAGAGAAGACGAGGCAAGUGUAUCUCCUCCAAGGAAACUCACUUCAUAGCCACACAGAAUCAGAAGAUAUUUAAGUUUCUCUGCCGGUGGUGAAAUUUGCAGUGUAUAAAAUGUCCCCAGCAUCUGCAAAUGUGGUUCAACUAUUAUUGCUGAUCCAAUCUCCUCUUAAACUUAGCUGCAACGCAUCCUGUUUCUCAAGCUACUUCCGGAUGCAUGCCCCAGCAUAUACUAGCAAGUUUGCUUGACUAGGUCAUUAGUGCUCAUGAUACAAUUAUAAACUUAAUCUAGAAUUUUGUGAUGCUUGAGAUUGGUUGUCAACAUCUAACAUAUGACAUUAUGGAACAGAUCACAAGAAAUUGGUAAAUAACAUAUUAGAGAAAGAAACCAACAA